CGCUGCAGUUGACCAGUGAGUUUGCUUUGUGUACGCGUGUCUGUGCUAAGCGCCAGUGUCGGUUCAAAAAAGCUUACACCAGUGCUGUACGCAGUCGGUGAACCCCUUCACGCUAUUUGGAAUACGUCAAUGAACUUACCGUGACGAACAAAGCGACGCAGCAAGAGUGAUGGAGGCGGACCACGAUGAGGAUUACCAGGAGUACCUGAACGAGUUCCGCUUCCUGCACGACGACGGCGCUCUCGAUGAUGCUGAAGAGGGCGAGCAGGAGGCGGAGUGGCUGGUGGCCGCAGGCCUCUCGCAGCUGGCGGCGGCGUUCCGCGAAGGCCGCGAGUUGCGCGACGACCAGCUGGACCCGGCGCUGAGGGCGCUGCAGCUCGCCCCCCACCACGCCGAGGCUGUGCGCAGGCGUGUGCGCACUCUAAACAGGACAGUGCGCAGGCGCAAUGCCCGCCAACCCAGGGGGCGCGCGCGAAAGCCAGACAUCAGAGACGUCUUCCGGGACGUGGAGAAUUCAAGCACUGGCACGAGAUCGCGGAGUGCAACACCGGACUCCUUGGAUUCUGACCUUCCAACAGAUGAAGCUGAAGGUUCUACCAAUGAAGUGUGGUCACAGACACCUGGCCACAUAUUCCUGCCGAGAGCUGGUCACCAUGACUGGAAUGGUCUUUCUCGGUCACCUCCUAAAUUUUUCUAUGGAGCCUCUCCACCAUUACGCAACCAUCAGAAGGAUAUGGGGCACCGGCAGCCAAGUACACCAUUUUCAGGCUCUAGCCUCGACAUCUUCAGUCACCCAGGAGCUUGGCGAGGCAGUAAAGGCUCACUUGCCUCAGACAAUGAAGGAAUAAAAAUGCUGAAUUACCAAAUGAUUGGUACAAUGCAUUUACCUCGACCAAGAGAAAGGAUCCGUAGUGGUAGUGAUCCAACUGUACCUGAUGACCACAAUAAUAAUAUUGACAGCAAUAACAGGCAUUACUUGUCUCCAAACAAACUGAAGGGUAACGGCUACAUACCAGUUGCUGACAGAAUUAAGACCAAAAAUGGUCAUGUAUCUGUUGCAAGAAGUCACAGUAAUCUAUAUAAUAUAGAUACAACUAGUGAGAAUGAACUCCGAAUGUCUAACCAAAGAAAUCAUGUAAAAGGACACAUUAGAAGAUCUGGAUCUAUUGGACAACUUGGUUUUGAAGAAAUCUGUCUUCAGAGCCAAAGUAAAAGACAACAGUAUCCUAAUGGAUUGCCAAAAGGCAAGGUUCCAGCAGGUCGUACGUGGAUAGAGUUUCUUGGUGAAGAUGACAUGCUCAGGCUUCGCCCUCUCUUGUUGCUGGAAGUAACGGCACUUCUUGAUGCUUAUAAUAUUACUUUUACUAAAAGGAAAACUCCAAAAAAGAAGAGAAAAGAAGAAGGAAAUGUAUUUGGAGUUUCAUUAGCAGCACUGCUAGAAAAAGAUCAUCAAAUCAUUGGAGAGGAUUGUAAAGUGCCUCUUAUUUUCCAGAAGCUGCUGGCACAACUGGAAAGGAGAGGAUUGAGAGAAGAAGGACUACUUCGUGUACCUGGUUUACAGCAGCGAGUGGAUGCGCUAUUGGCUGGCCUAGAAGCGGAGUUCUACCGACAGCCUGAAGCUGCCGAAGCACGCAUUUCUGGUGCUGGCCCACACGAGCUUGCUGCAGUUCUCAAAAAGCUCUUGAGAGAAUUACCUCAGCCCUUGCUUACUGCAGAGCUUACAGACAUGUUCUACCAAGUGCAUGCACUGCCUACAAGUGAGUUGAGACAACGAGCUCUCAAUCUGCUGGUGCUUCUGUUACCUUCUGAGUGUCGCUAUACUCUACGAGCCCUCUUCAGCUUCUUACUGCAAAUUAUACACCACCAGUCAGAGAACAAAAUGACCUUGCACAAUGUUGCUAUGAUAAUUGCCCCUUCAUUGUUUCAUCCAAGAUAUGUUCAGCCAGCUGACAAGAGUGAUCUAACAGCCCACGUUAACAUAGCAGCAAUGUGCUGCCGCCUAACAGAAGAAAUGCUGCAGUGUGGCAAUGAUCUGUGGGUGGUACCAGAGGACCUGGUUGCACAGAUAAGGCGCCUUAAUGAGGAGGAACGAUAUCUCAAGGGACAUAAAGAAAACAGCAAACCGAUGAAAAAAUUGCUCGGCCGGAAGGGCCCAGCACGUGAACCUAUAGCGCGGAAAAUUGAUAAUGAAGUUGACUUCCAAGAUGGAGUGAUACGAGUCAAUGCACCACAAUUUCAACUGAAUGAAAUACGUGUGCAGUUAACAGAUGCGACAACAGCUGGUGAUGUAGUUCUUCGCAUUGUAGAAGAGGCCAGUAAAAGGUCAGAUGUGCCCAUGACCGGGAUAAAAAUGCCUAGAAAGCCACAGUCUAGAGCUUUAGCAGAAUUGGCUCCAAAUGGAAACCUAAGCUGUAUGUUAGCAACUGGAUAUCCAGAGAUAACACUCCAGACACAUUACCUUUAUGAGAUUGGUGGAAACAUCGCUCAACGUAGAUUAGAACACAGUGCAAAUCUAUUAGCUGUUUAUAAGGACAAUCCAAAUGCUCGAUGGACAUUGCGCUGUGACCACAGGAAUGCAAAUAAUGAAACAUGACAUGUAUUGUCAUACAAAUAACCAUCAUCAUGAACCAAAUUUAUAAAACUGUGCAAAGACAGCCUUGUGAUCUUGUGUGAACUUUGUUAAUGUGUAAAAUAAUUUUAUAUUUGCCUGUGCAACAUCAUACAGUCUUAACAUUAGAUGUACAUAGUGUAAUUUAUUAUUUUUGGAAUAAAUAAGAAAUUCUGAAUAAUC